UUUACUUCAACUCUUACUUUUAUUACAAUACCACCGUACCAGUAUCCGAAUAACGAGGGCUGUUAUUUCCUUUCAGUACUUUGUCCACGAGGUUGGGUUUCAAGUUUUCAUCGCAAAUGUUUCAAAGUCCAUUCCAAUCCCCUGCACUGGUACUCAGCAAAAUCCGCCUGCAAAGCAGUGGGAUCAAACCUCGCUGUACUGAAUUCGAAAGCUGAAUUACGAGAAUUUGCUCAGUUGUUGAAGAGUGCAGGUGCAAGCAAACCUUUUUGGUGGAUUGGUUUAUACAGGGAUCGCAACAACUUGCGACGAUGGCUGUGGGUCGAUGGGUCAACCGCUUAUUUCACUUCCUGGGAUACUGGUGAACCAAACAGGUUGUCGAGAAACGAGAAUUGUGUGGAAUUUAGAAUGAUGUCAGAGAAAUGGAAUGAUAAUCCAUGUUAUUACAGUCGUCCUUACACUUGUGAAAUCAAUAGUAAGUACAGCAUCCUUCAUGAACAUAUAUACAAGCACACAAUUGAUGGUUUGACUGAACUGGUUUUAAGACAAGAAAGAAAGUAA